AAAGGAAUUACAGCCAGGCGAAUCUGCAGCAGUGUACAACAGCACAUCAGAGCUGGACUGAAUAACACUGGUAGCAGACGGCCACUGUUACAUUGGUGGCAACGCUGGGAUCGCUACUUUAGUGGCAGCGUUGGAACGGAGAGGUAGAGGCUGUAUACCUCGCAGAGAACAACGCUAAGUCUAACAACACCAGCAGAAGAUCACACCAAUGCAGGAGCAGAAGUGAGAACUUGUCGUCUGCUCAGGAGUGUUUUGUCGUCUGCUUCACAAUGCGAGGGCUGUAUAACUUAUGUUGUGUGUGUGUUUCCCUGGUGUCGUGGGAUGAUAAUGUGAUAUGUUGGUGCUGACAUACAAACUUUAAUCAGAAAUGUGGAUCUAACAGCGAUAGUUUUUAUGCGGAUAAAUUUCCUUUUUUUUUCAAUGAUGUCAAUUCGGAGGACAAAUUACGAAAUAUAUCAUUGAAGUGUUGACAUAAAGUGAUAACGUGUUGAAGAGUGUAAAAUUUGGUAUUGAUGGAUUUAUGACGCUAGCCAUAUUCUGAUCACACACAUAUGAUUGACUUCGGAUUACUUCCCUAUAUAUCUUGGAGAAGUGAUCUGCCGCUAGGCAUCUUGUGUCCAAGUGUGAUUCGAGCAGAAUAUUCCUCUCACAUUCGUUUAUUGAUGUGUGGAUCUAUGAAAAAAAUUGCCUGAGAAGCUCUGUGCACAGCAAUCAGCCAUCAGCCAAACAAGUUUUUUGUCAUCUUUAUAGGAUUGUUACCACAAGACCUUCAACAAACACGGGUUUUGCAGAGCUGUGUUUUGGAUCAAGCCCUGAGGUUGGACUGAAUCCGUGUGAGUUACUCUAUCAGGAGAAGAUGCACUAUAAUCUUCCUUGAACCAGGAAACCAGAUUUGCCUGCUAAGAUCACCGGGAUUCAUAUCAGCCUAUCAUCAGAGAGAUUCAACAUCAACUAUUACAGAGAACAUUUGUCGCCCCCAUAGAGAUGGAUAUCAGCAUGUAGGGAGGCAAGUUGUGAAUUACUGUGCCCCCCUCCAUCUGUCUACAACCCCAUCCACUAUGUUGCCUGGCUUGAUUGGCAGCUGGUGACAAAGUGGCACACUACCAAACCUCAAAGUGGCGCAGUAUCAGAUCUCAAAGUGGCCCAGUACCACAUCUCAAAGUGGCCCAGUACCACAUCUCAAAGUGGUGCAGUACCAGAUCUCAAAGUGGUGCAGUACCAGAACUCAAAGUGCAUCAAAGCACACCAAUGACUUCUUUUGCAAGACACGUUGUUGACUUGUUUACAUAGAGGAAUGGUCUCCGGUUCCAUUAAGCAAGAUUCAAAUGAAAAUCAUCAAAUAUUACCGAAAAGCUGGGCGCUGGAUUCGGCUCGGAAAGCGAUGCACAUCCCUUGGCAUAAUUUUGUCUCUCUGGAUUACAACCAUUUUUAUGUUCGAUACGAUCUCCGACACAUCCAAGAUGGAAGAUGGUGAAAAUGGAGAAUUCUAUUCCUCGAAAAAUUCUAUAAGGAGUUCUCAAAUUGAAAAAUUUCUCCCCAAAUCAAAUUCCUCUUUUAUUGGAUCCACCAAUUCUCCUGAUCGGAAAAUUGCCUCGGAAAAAGCUAUGGAAAUCCAGCAGUUGUAUCGAGGUGCCCUUCGAAAAAUUGAAUCAAUUGGCUUCGAUCGGGAUAAAAUUCGAGGUUACCAUGAAAACAGCAACAAAGACCGAUUGGUAAAUAGCAAAGGUGUGACUGGGGCAAAAACCAGGAUAUUAAUAGCAAAGGGAGUUGUAAAUAAAAUGGAGUUUGUGUUAUCUAAAUCUUCAGGGAAUCAUGAAUCGCCCAGUAAAACCCAGAAAAGUAAUAAAUGUAUCCACACAGCAGAUUCCGAAAGAUGUGAAGAAAGUCCAGGAUAUCAAACUUUACCUAAAAAAUCACCACACCAGUCACCAACACAUACACGCAGCGGUCGAGUUACUGUGAAAAAAAAAUCUCCAAUUUCUUCCCAAACUCAAGGGAAAUCACUUGUAGAAACAGUGGAAUCUCACACGGAAGUAAAUAUAGAAUUUUAUGAGAAAACACAGGAUAAAGAACGGAUAAAGAAACUGGAAAAUGAAGGCUUCCUUGGCUUUUCUUAUAAUGUCUCCGCCAGUGAUGGAAUAGAUAUGAAUCGAACCCUCCCCGAAACAAGCCCUAAAAGCUGCCCCCAUGUGCCUCUAUCUGAUCUGCCCACUGCCAGUGUCAUCAUCUGUUUCCACAAUGAGGCUGCAUCGGUGUUGCUGAGGACAGUCAACAGUGUCAUCAUGAGGUCGCCACCAUCACUGUUGAAGGAGGUCAUACUAGUUGAUGACAACAGCACUAAGGGCAACAUUGAUGAACUACUGACAACUUUUCAACAAUGGCCAAAGGUUUCUCUGAUUCGGACAGUUGGACGUCAGGGGCUUGUGCGUGCUCGCCUUCUUGGAGCGUCCCAGGCUGCUGGCCACGUGUUGGUGUUCCUUGACUCUCACUGUGAGUGCAACGUCAACUGGUUACCUCCCCUUCUCCAGGCAGUACAGCAGGAUACCACGAAGGUUGUGAGCCCCUAUGUUGAUGCUAUCCGAGCUGACAGCUUUGACUAUGUCCCUGCACCGGACAAUCUCCAUGGAGGCUUCACAUGGAGGAUGGAGUUCAUCUGGAAGGGAAUACCUCCCAAGGUUAUGGACUCAAGGUCAUCGCCAGCUCAGCCAAUCAGAACCCCGACCAUCAGUGGGGGACUGUUUGCCAUCAACCGGGAAUACUUCUUCAAGAUCGGCUCCUACGACGAGGGACUGGACAUCUGGGGUGGAGAGAACUUGGAACUAGCUUUCAGGGUGUGGAUGUGUGGCGGCUCUAUGGAGAUCAUGCCGUGUUCCCGGGUGGGGCAUGUGUUCCGGAACAUCCUACCCUACAAGUUCCCCGCUGACAGCCGCCGCACCAUCCUCCGCAACCUGGGGCGGGUGGCUGAUGUGUGGAUGGACGAGUACAAGGAGUACUUCUAUGCUGCUGCAGAUUUUCCUCGUGACCUUGACCUUGGUGAUGUGUCCGAGAGGCAGGGUCUCAGAGAGAAGUUAAAGUGUCAAUCAUUCCAGUGGUACCUGAACAACGUGAUCCCUGAGAUGCUGGUGCCUCCCCUGGAGGCACAACAGUACGGGGAGUUUCGGAAUCAUGCUUCGCUCACCUGUCUCACUGCUUCACCAGACCAGACCAGAGUGAACCAGACCAAACUGCAUCUCACUGGUUGUCUUGGACAAUCAGAUGCUCAGCUAUUUUAUUUGACGGGAGAUGGGUAUCUGCGCCAUGGCAACAAGUGUGUGGUUGCCGGGGACAACAAAAUGGUUGGUCUAGGACCAUGCACUCACCACGUCUGGGAGGAGAAGAGCCAGCACCUGAGUCUACGAGGCACCGACCUCUGUCUGACUGCUGAGGAUAACGAAUAUAUGAUUUUGUCUGAGUGUCAUCGGGACAGUGACGCACAAAUGUGGGAUGUCUCAUAUAACUUCAAAUGGAGGAGGAAAGCGGGAUGAAGUGCUCCAUCGCUUGAUGUAUAUAUCACAUUGUAUAUACUGUGUACAUGGAAAGAAUGAUGGAAGAAUGGAAGAAUGAACGGAGGAAACAAUGGAUCUCUUCUACAAAGGGAACUGUUACAAUUCCUAAACAAGAAUGUGAACAGUUCUACAGUCUAUGUGUUGCAAGGUGUGGAGUCAUUCUUCAGAUGACAUCCUCACCUUGUCAGCUUGAUGAUGGGGUUAACAUCUUUGGUCAUGUGGAGAAGGCGUCCGACCUCGGAACAGAAAGUCUGUGGGUCGAAUCUCAUCACAGGACUUGGAAAUAUUAUAAUAUAUUGCUGCUGCAACUAUUUGGUUGUUUUUCAGCUGAUUUCCCAGAUGGAAGUGAAUAUAUGGUGUCAUAUUCUUAUAAAAGUAAAAGUGCAACAUCACAGAAGUAGUUUUCAUAAAAAAAAUAAUUAAGUAAUUUUGUAAUUUUUAUAAAGCAGCAAAUUAGGGUUGUUGGCUGAGAGUAUUUCUACUUCAAUUGCUCAGUUUACAUAUAUGAUAACUGAACAUGAUGACAAUCAUCUCAGUCUGAUAAACAGAAGAAACAUGAUAUAACUUGGCCAUUUUGUUAUCAAUACCUCCAUCAUGACAAUGUCCAAAAUGUUUUUAUGAUAAUGAACCAAGUCAUCAUUGGCAAUCAGUAAGUGUCUGUCACUGGAUAAGUGCAUUAUCAUUGGAUAAGUGUUCAUACUUUGAUCAACAGUCAUAAAUGGAUGAGUGUUAUUAUCAAGGAAAUGUACAUGAACCAUUGCAUGUGUUCAUUUAUUCAGAUAGUUUUACACAUACAUGUAUUUAAGUGUGAGUGGACAUGGAAGUCAGUGUGACAAUUCAACACAAUGUAAAUAUAUGAAAGAUGAUUAUAUAUGUUUGUGCAAUAAGAGGAAAAUGGCCAGUAUGAAUGUAAAGGGCAGUGAGUGCUGUGAUGUAGGCAAUCUUGGGCAAUAUCUUGUUACUCUGUUAUAACCAGAGGUGGGUAUAUUCAACUCACAGUGGGGUAUAUUCAACCCAGAGGUGGGUAUAUUCAACUCACAGUGGGGUAUAUUCAACCCAGAGGUGGGUAUAUUCAACUCACAGUGGGGUAUAUUCAACCCAGAGGUGGGUAUAUUCAACUCACAGUGGAGUAUAUUCAACCCAGAGGUGGGUAUAUUCAACUCACAGUGGGGUAUAUUCAACCCAGAGGUGGGUAUAUUCAACUCACAGUGGGGUAUAUUCAACCCAGAGGUGGGUAUAUUCAACCCUGGAUGGGAAAUAUUCAAGCGAGUUGGAUAUGUCAACCAAGUGCGUUAUAUUGGGAUAGUGGGAUAUAUUCAACCCAGGGUGGGUUAGAUUCAACCCUGGAUAACUGGAUUGGGCAAUAAGAAUAAAGUUCAUGAAUGUCAUUAUGAAGUCCUAAAUCAUUUGGGAUGGGAGAAUAUAGCUGCUUGACUGUCUGAAAGAGAGUCUAUUGUUUCUUGUCAAGCCAGUCUGCAAUAUUGUGUAUGUGGGCAAAGUAUUUUGUUCAUACACACAAGGGAGGUAUUCGUAUCACAACGGCUAUAUGUCCUUCAAUUAGGGCUGGGACAAGUCCAAAUUUACUACCCCCUAUUACCCUACCCUACCCGGGUACCCAGUGUAGGUCUCAAGAGUUUGGGAACACAAUGUCUAAUUUGGAAUAGUUUAACUGUAGCCCUGGCAAAAACUGUUUAGAUACGUGUAUGAGACCAGAGACCAUAUAAAAGAUAUAUGGUCUCUUAUGAAACGAUCGAAUCAAUGAAGUUGACUGAAGCUUUAUCUUUACUCAAACAUAUACAAGACUUAGUCAAAAGGAAUGUGGGCAUCAUCAGAAAAAAAUGCGAACCACUGAGCUCUAGUGAGUUUUUGUCAUUAAACAAUACAUCGCGUGACUAACCAUGGGUCCGGGUAGUACUGUGGGUACCCGGGUCCUACUCAGUAACCACCAGACCCGAGUACCAGAGUUACCCAUCCCAGCCCUGCCUUCAAUGAAAAUCAAUGCCAACAAAUAGUAUUUCUUAUACCAUACUUACAUGAAAAGGUAUGCUGAAAUUCUACUGCAUACAUUCACAAACUAGAAACAUAAGAUCUUUCAGAAGUUGACAGAACACUGAAAAGACCUGUACUAUUUCUGUAGGACAUUUCAGAGCUAUUUGUUGCUUGGCCAUCACAAGACAUCAUAGCAUAUGAUACGGUUCUGCUUGAGAAAUCAGAACUGAAAAAGUAAAUUGAAAAUACAAGACACAUAUUGUACAUUCUUGAACAUAGAUUUCUCUUAGAGAUGUGGUUUUGUGGUCUGUCUAUAUUUGUUGCAACAGCAAUGUUGUAAAUAUUUUUUUAAAAUAUGUACAUAUUUUGGACUCUGUGUGUGUGUGCUCUGCAGAAAACUGAAAACCUGCAGAUAGGGAGGCCCAGAGCAAUAUUCACCAGCUCGGUACGGGAGAUGUGCUUAUAGGGAUCCAUGUCAUGUAUUGCUUCAGGAUAGCUCUUGUGACUUCAUCCAUUGUUCAUGAUGUCACAAACUGAUAACAUUAUGUCAUCUGAACAUUGAGUUGACAUCAGAAAACAUUUUUCGUUUUCUUUCUUGAAAUGAUAAUGAGUAAUAUAUAGAAUAACCUUACUCUAAACGUGGAACAACAGAUUCCCUGUCCCUCCUGAAUGAGUGCUGUGAGUCACUUGCCAGGGCUUGUGGCUCUGGUGUUCCUUCACUCCAGAUACAAGUUUCUUUCAAACUUAAAAGACCUUGAAUCUGAUUUUCCUUGAAAUUGAAUUUGCCUUGAAAAGACUUUUAAUUUAAAUUUACAUUGAAAAGACCUUCAAUUUGAAUUUACAUUGAGAAGGACUUGAAUUUAAAUUUGCCUUGAGAAGGCCUUGAAUUUGGAAACCCCAGUUAACUGUAGUGUUGGAUGAAAAUUUGGAUCCAUAAUUUGAUCGAUAAAUGAUAAUGAAACAUGAUGUGUUGACUGGAAAAAUUUAGGCGUGUUAUUGAAUGUAUACAAAUGUGGAGCAUUUCUAACAAAGAAAUAAAGUAAAGGACUGACGUCAUUAAUCUGUUUGAAAGCACACUUAGGUCUUACACUUAGCCUUGAUAAGUAUGAUCAUUGCCUUGACAAGACCUUUAAAAUGUAUUACAUUUGGUGGCUUAAGUUUUGUUUUGAAAGGAGGGGUAGAUGACCUCUUGCUGCAUAUGCUGUAGUUCAUCGGGUAUUCUAUAAUUAUAGGUUACAGUGAAUAUUUGGUUAUUUGAUGGCUUACAGUUUUACUCCAAGGUAAGAAAUAUCAUGAAGAGACCUUUCCUCAUCCACACUUCCACAUAUGAUGGUUCAGCCUAUACCCUGGACCACUGGAUAAAUACAGCCAACAUUUCUUCAGGUCCACUGUCUGUAUAUAUGUCAGACAUGCAGCUGAUGAGUAGAGUGAGACUUUCUGGAUCACAAGCCUCACAAUGAAAACUCUCAAAAUGUUUAAUUACAUAAGACUAAGAGGGAACAGAAUCAAUCAUUGUCUUCAUAUUUUCCAGCUUAAAUACAUCCAUGUAAGUUAAUACAUGGAGUGUCAAAUCCUGGUGAUUUUAUCAGUCUGCAUUUAUUCACUGUUAGCUCAACAUUCUCCCAAACUGAGGUGUUACAGUGUCUGUCAUCCGAAACAGGAGGGU